AUGUCCCCGAGAUCGCGUUUAGCAAGGCCUCUUACCUCCGUUUUACGUCCUGUUCCACAGCAGCGACGAUCACCACCGCCCCUCAAUAACACACACCCGGCUACUGUCGCAUCCGUAUUCUCGCACGCGCGUCAGACACAACACGCCCCCUUCAGCAGCAGCAGCAAACCGGUUUCAUCUUCGGAUCCUACCGAGUCGCCGCUACCACCCCCUUCUCGCAAAUGGCUCACGGAACUUGAAUUGCGGAUCGGGAGAUGUCUCUCAUUCGGAUGUAAUAGGGAGCAGACACAGCUCGCGUCCGACAUACUGCUGAUCCUCGCGACGGAAUGGCGCGAGCUGACUGUGGGCUCCGAGGGCUAUCUGUCAAGUGGCCGUAGGGGCCUGAGAAACCAACAGGUCGUGUGGGGGGAGAUGGAUAGCUUCGGCCACGUCAAUAACGCAAAUUACAUCCGCUGGGCCGAGUCGGCGCGCGUAAACUUCAUCAUGUACCUCGCGGGCGCGGACAAGUCGCACUCCCAAGAGUGGCGGGAGCUCAUGACGCCGAAAGGCGUCGGGCUGAUCAUGAAGUCCAUCAAAGCCGAAUACAAGCUCCCAAUAACCUACCCCGACACCAUCUCCGUGUACCACAAGGUGCGCACCUUCCCCGAGCAAGCCGACACCUCGCUCAUCCUCGACUGCGUCGUCAUCUCGCACGUGCACAAGCGUGUCGCCGCGCGCACCGAGGAGGACAUCGUCGUCUACGACUACGCCGCUGCUCAAAAGACCUUCAUCCCAGACUUCGCGCUCCGCGCGUUCCGCGGCAUCUGGCGCCAGCAGAACGAGGAGAGCCAGGCCACGAGGGCCAGGAUCCUGGGGCUCGAGAGCCGCGUCGAGGCGCUUGAGAGGCUCACGUGGAAUAAAGAGGGCGCGGUCGAGGAUAUGGGGGGGCGAUAG